GUGCAAUCCUCGUAUUGCUAUCAAUUAAUCAAGUGAGCUUGCUUUUGUUUUGCGUUGUAGUUUAUUUCAUAACCAAUUAAACAUGGCGUUCUUCAAGCUAUCACGGCCAGUUCUUAUUUGCCUGAUCUUAGGCUUAACCUUAGUACUGCUACUCCCCGAUUUCUCCCACGCCCAAGACUCCCCACAAGACUUCCUCGACGCACACAGUGCUGCACGUGCAGAGGUGGGCGUUCCACCACUGACCUGGGACGACCAAGUAGCCUCGUAUGCACAGAAUUAUGCCAAUCAACGCAUUGGCGAUUGCAAUAUGGUGCACUCCGGCGGGCCGUACGGUGAAAACAUUGCAUGGAGUAGCGGUGACCUGAUGGGGACAGAUGCGGUGAAGAUGUGGGUGGACGAGAAAUCGAACUAUGACCCUAACUCCAACACGUGCGUUGGUGGGCAGUGUCUGCACUAUACUCAGGUGGUGUGGCGCAACUCGGUUCGUCUGGGAUGUGCUAAGGUUCGGUGCAAUAAUGGAGGUACAUUCAUUGGCUGCAACUACGACCCCCCGGGCAAUUACAUUGGAGAGCGGCCUUACUAGCUUAAUAAUUAGGGGCCGGCUAGCUAGUUCUACUUGCAUGUUCAACUACGUGAUCGAUCUGUUAGUUUUAUGUUUAACUUAGUGGUCAAGCGGUUAGUUAUCACCACGUCUAGUCUUACUGCCACGACAUAGCAGUUGUAAAACGUGGGCUAUGUUUAUGUUUAUUUCAGUUUUCUUAAUUUGUAAGGCUAUUUAAUAGCCAAGUCUGUUAUUCGAUGAAGGUGUGUGUGAGCGAUUUCCUCCA